CACAAAGUCAAUUUCGUCAAAUCACAUAACUGCACUGCCCACUGCCGGUAAGAAAUAGGAAGAACAAUCUGUCCCGCCGUCUUUCUCUCUCUUCACAGUCUGCUGCUUUAUAUAUAUGCACAACAAAACGCAGAAAAUAACAGUAGCAGAGUAACAAUUCUAUAUUAGCUGUAGAAUUUACUUCAGUUCAGUGUUGACUGUAAAAAUGUCGUCGUCGGCGGUAAAAGGAUCGCAUGGCGCCGGCGGUCGGUGUAAACUGACGCCGCACCUGGAUAAGAGAGUAACCAAAAAGCUCAACCUCACGGUGCUGCAGAGAAUGGACCCAUUCAUCAGCGAGAUUCUCAUGACCGUUUCUUUCGUCACCUUCUACUCGUUCGACGUCGAUGCCACCCAAUGGAGCCGCAAGGAUGUUGAAGGGACUCUCUUUGUAGUCAAAAGGAACACUCAGCCGCGGUUCCAAUUCGUUGUUAUGAAUAUGCGGAGGGAAGAAAAUCUUGUGGAGAAUCUUUUGCAUAAUUUCGAGUUUGAAGUUCAACUUCCUUAUCUAUUCUAUCGAAAUGCUGCCCAAGAAGUCAAUGGUAUUUGGUUCUACGAUUCACGUGAAUGUGAGGAAGUUGCAAAUCUCAUUACUAGGAUACUGAAUGCAUAUUCAAAGGUUCCUCCAAAGCCACAAGUAUCCUCAAGUAAAAGUGAGUUUGAGGAACUUGAAGCAGUCCCUACCAGUUCUGUGAUUGAAGGGCGGCCACUAGAACAAUCAUAUAUUGCUUCCACUUCUUCAGAUCCACACAAUGACUCUUCCUUUGUGAACUUAAGUAGGGCUGUGCAUAUAGGAAAUGAGUCUUCGAAAGUAAAAACUCCUUCUCUCGACCAUCCUCCUGCAUUUCCUCCAUCCUCCUGUGUUCAUGGUGCUGGUCCUUGCGGUCCAACUUUGCGAGCUCCAUCACUUACAUUAUCAGCUCCAUCAGCUGAUCCAGUGUCAUCCCUUCAUGCUGCCAGUGAACAAAGCGAAAGUCAUGACCAGGUUGUCAAUCUAGUCAAGCCCUCUUCUUUCUUUUCACCCCCUUCAACAUCCACCUUUUAUACACCAGCUACCUCAUCUACUCCAACUGCUGCUAUUCAUCUUCCUUUGAGUAUACACCUGCCCCUUGGUUCUUCAACGCUUCAACCUUUCCGACCUACACCACCAGCAACUCUUACCCCUGAUUCCGUUUCUGUUUCAAAUUAUGGACCUCUAAGCAGGGAAAGAGUUCGGGAUGCACUUUUGAUGCUAGCUCUGGACAAAAAAUUCAUCGACAUGUUUUACAAAGUAUUGCUGAAAGUGCAUCAAUUGUGAUUGCUUUAACAGUGAUGACGACAUUGUGGAUUUCAGAUUCCGAGAAGGAUCAAUUUUUACGUAUCUGCAGCAUUGUUUACAUGAAAUGUUGGGAGUUAGCAGUUUCAUCUUCCACAGAAAGGGUUGUCUUGCUUGGUGGGGUCGACCUGUCUUGGAAUUAGCAUUGGUUUGAAAGAGGUCUGUAUAUCAAUUUUGUUUCAUCUUUUAGGGUAAACCAUGAUGAAUAUCUACACGGGUGCUAGUGUGCUUAGCCGGUCUACUGCAAAUUCUUGUCUGUGUGAAACUGGGAUUUUGACAAUUCAAGCACUAUCAUGAUCUUGAACUUGUAGGUGAAGGCAUAACUGUAAUGCAUAUUGUUUCUCUAUGUUGCUCAGGAUUGAAUUGUUCUUGCUACCUUUAGAGAUUCAGGAAGUUUGUCUCAUUAAGCCAAUAUUUUCUCUCUUAAAGAUGUAGCUACUUCUCAACUUGUUCACGAAAAUUAUGUUCAUGUGUUGGAAGCGAUAAGCUUGCCCACGGGGCUGGGAUAUAUGGAUCUUAUCAUUAAAGCGAAGCUCUUCGACUAGUGUGAGGGAUGGCAACGGGUCCAGCAGCAUAGGGGAUGUAUGUCAUCAUUGAAGCAAACGUCUUUGACUUAUCGUGAGGGAUGGGGAUAAAAAAUUCCCUUUUAUUGUCCUGUUUUAUUGAACAAAAAUUUGUAUUUUUAAAUGUAAUUUAUGUUAAAGAUAGUAUAAAAUAAUGGGGAGGAUUUGGAGAA